AUGGAUUCUAAGAACAAAGACCUGAUCAAAGCCAUCAAACAACUGCGUUCAAAACAACCUACUAUAAGCUCCAACGAAAUAUGGAAUUAUCUCAUCAUGAACAAACGUUGGCCGGCGCCACUUGACGAGAUUACGGUUGAGUUGUGUUUGGUAGAGCACUUUGAUUAUCCUUGGGAAGAAACUAUUUUAAUGAGAGCCAAUAUAUUGAUUACCCCCGAAUUAUUAGAUCCCAGGUGCGACUGUGUACGUCCUCGCCAACUGGUGACGGAAGGUGACAUCAAGUAUUACGAAAAUUGCCCGGAGAAAGUCGAUCCAAAAGAGACUAUAUCAGUUCCGCUGUUGAAAAUAAUGUUAAACACACCAUCCACAAUCAAGAGCUUUCUACCACAAUCUACACCAACUUCUCUAUCAGACAUGUCCAUCUCCGAAAUGAACGUUGCUCAACGUGUCUACGCUCUCUUUUAUGCCGAAUGGAAUGCAUGGAUGGGACCACCAUCGGGUCAAAUUCAUGCCAAGGUCGAACAUCGCGAUGGUAUGGAGACCAAAUAUUUUGAAGAUUUUCCCCAUUGCGAACACAAGAUGAUCUAUUGGACGCCAGAUUCCAAAUACAGUUUCGAACAGCACGUUCAAAAAGCUUUACGAUCCUCAUGUAGUAAUUGGCGUUCUAAUUUUAAGUGGCUCAAAUUUGCUUUAACUCGAACGCAAGACCAAGAUACAAUCAUGAUGGUGAACAGUGUUCUCGCGGGACGACACGGUCUUAAAUGCCGUCACAUGUCAAAUAUGUUUACAGAAUGGCAUAAUUGGCAUUCGGAAUGGUUCUAUGAAUCCCGGAUUCUACACACUAAAACUGGAGCCAUAGCAUAUGUUACACCAAACAAGGGGGAUGCGGAGGUAGAAUGGGCACAAAAUCAUGAGAACGAUUGGUUAAAUCAUUAUUCUCCUCGUUUAGUGGAUGUAGGCAGCAAAUCACCGUCUAUCGAUGCGCAGAAUAAACUGCGAGUUAAGCAAGGAAAGGAAUCUGAGGCUGGCCCUACGACGAUUUAUUGCAGGGAUAACAGAUGUAUGCAGUUGAUUUAG